AUGGAAAGCCAACGCUUUCUUAACCCCUUCAGUAGUCGGACACACAUAUUCUUACUUAAUUUUCAAGAAUUAGACAACACUAUUCAGAAAAUUGAAGCACAGAUGGUGUACUCACAACCUUACCCAACUCCUCUUGAGCUUAUGAGUGUUACUCCCUUGUCUAAAGUACAACUGAAACACAUUUCAUUUGUACUCGCAAAAUAUGAGAAUGUACAUCUAGCUCUAUUACAACUCGUACCCUCUGUGUUUCAAGAAGAAUCACACUUUUGGGCUCGAUACUUUAAAUUGCUUUUCGUGCUUUCUAAAAGAGAAAAGGACUUUCAGAAAUUCAUCCACACCCGAAUCGUGGAAGAUCCAACACCACAACUUCAACAUGUCUUCUACUUAAAACGAUUUUUGCUAAACACAGAGAACAAUUGGGGGAGAAUACCAACAACAUCAGGUAUCCCAUUUCUGGCGACCGCAAGUAACUGCUAUGAAGUGCUUUUAAGGGACAACUCUCUGACUUCGACAUUAAUCAAUUUGUUUAUAAAAGAUGGUGAAAAGCCCGAUAAAUUGCGUCAUGGCUUAUUAUCCAAGAAUGCAAACGAAAAUGUAGAGUACAGAAUAUGCGACUUUAUGCACACAUUAUACGAAACCUUUUAUGUUGAUCUUUCCUUUGUGCAACCCCUUGUAUCAACAUUAUUAGAAGUCUAUGAUUUUGAAAGAACGUAUUUGAUAUGUCAAUCAUUUCUAUUACGAAUGUUAUAUUUAGGAAUAUACCCACUUGAUUGUAUUCAAUUUGACUGUUUGAUGUUAACACUGAACUCUGUAUUAGAAGAGAAUUUCCCAUGUUUUGUGAAGAAUUUGAAUGAUCAUGGGGUGGAUGUGUCGACGAUGUUCGAAGAUAUACUGAACUCCUUAUGCCUUCCCCUUGCAAAGAACAUUAAUUUGGAUAACAAAAUGUUACUACUUGGAAGUUUAUUAAUAUAUGGAUAUCCACUUGUGAUCAAUGUGAUUAUCAAUACACUGAGGUUUUGUGACUCGUUUCCAAUGCCUGACAAUACGGUAUUUAUUGACGCAUUUACUAACAACUUUGAAAAGAUCAUCCAGAGGUCUUGGUGCAAUGAACUACCUCAACAUUUGCAAUUCCACUAUUUCAUAUCUAUCAACCCAAAAUUCAAGUAUCACUCAUUCUUCGAUACACCAGUCUCAUUUUACCAUUUACAAUGCGUGUCGCCUUCGGUACUCCCGAAUGACAUGUUAAGUGUCGAUCAGGCGAGCACGUUGAAUAUGUUCUUGCCAACAAGAAUUGCAUUUACUGAUUUGGAGGUGAUUUACUCUUCCACUACAGAUGGCUUCUCCCUCAGAAAUUUAUAUUACAAAUGUGUUGCUAGAUAUCCUCUUGUUGUACUCAUUAAAGCAGAAGGCAAGAUAUUUGGUGGGUAUGUCCCCGAUGAACUCUCCAUUUGUUCAAAGUAUCGAAGUACGGGAGAGACCUUUCUCUUCUCUUUGACUGACAAGGUGAAGUAUUCAUCGACAUCAAAUAACAAUUAUUUCUUAUUAACAGACGCUUCAAAGUUUUCCUUUGGUGGUGGGAAUGGCGUUUCUUCAUUAUCACUUGACAGAGACUUAUAUGGUGUGAAUUACAGAACACCUACAUACAACAACGAACCCUUUUUGAAGUGUUCAACUUUUAUCCCAAGCCGCGUGGAAGUCUGGAGUUGUACAUUUCCGUCUUCUGUUCCAUCCUCUGGCGUUAGCAGUGUUUCUACAAGUGUUUCUUCCUCAGCAAGAACUUCGAUAGACAUGGAGUCUUAUUGA